AUGAAUAAAGAACUAAUCCAAAAAAUAUCCCAAAUCGAAUCCCAAGCCCAAAAUAUCAAAGCCAUCCUAAAAGAACAAGCUAAUCAUAUUGGUAAAUAUUACAAAGCCUUAAAAGAAAUCACUAGCCAAUUAGCCAUUAUUAAAGAAAAGCUAACCAUGACUAGUUUAGCUGUCUGUGCCGCUUGUGCUGGCAUUGGUUUUGUUGGUGGUAAAGUUGUUGAAGCAGUAGUUGAAAGCGGAAAUAAUAAGUCAAAUAACCAAGCUCCGCCUGAGGCUUAUAAUUUGCUAAAUAAAUCUCUCGAAGAAAUAAAUAAGCUUCGAGAAGAGUUAAGACAGCAGCACGAAGAAGGCACAGGCAAAGCAAAUAAAUUAGAAAAUAGGCUUAAAGAAGCUCAAGCUAAACAACGAGAUCCUAAUCUUACAACAGAAGAAAAAGAACAAUGA